AUGGCGGCGGCGGCGACGGCGACGGCUCAGCGCCGCCGGGACAUGGCUCCUGGGGACGGCAACGUCACCUCCUGGUCACCUCCGUGCCGCCAGGGACGCCCCGGGCUCUCGACGGUGCCCCCGUCCCCGCCCGCGGCCCCCGAGCCCCACAGGGAGGAACCCCCGGUGUCACCCCCGGUGCCGUCCCCGGUUCUGUCCCCGGUGCCGUCCCCGGUGCUGCGGAGCUGCUGCGUCCCCGUGGUGCCGCCGCUGUCCCCGCUGCAGGCCUGGGUGGGGUCCCUGCGUCACCCCGAGGACGCCCUGAGGGGUCUGGCUGACCUGCACCCCGACGUCUUCGGCGUCAGCCCCCGGCUGGACAUCCUGCACACGGUGGCCACGUGGCAGAGGAACUACAAGAGAAUCAGCCACGCGCGGGUGCGCAGCCGGGCCGAGGUGCGGGGCGGGGGCCGCAAGCCCUGGCGGCAGAAGGGCUCCGGGCGUGCCCGGCACGGCUCGGCACGGUCCCCGCUCUGGAGGGGCGGUGAGUGACACCCGGGACACCGGGAUGGGGACACCGGGAUGGGGACACCGGGAUACAUGGUGCCCAUGCGGGUGCGGGUGCUGGGGCUGAAGGUGGCCCUGAGCGUGAAGCUGAUGCAGGACGAGCUGCACCUGGUGGACACCCUGGAGAUGCCCAGCAGCGACCCCCGGUACCUGCUGGAGCUGGCCCGGGCCCGGCGCUGGGGACGCUCCGUGCUGGUGGUGGACAGCGAUGAAUUCCCGGAGAACAUCAGCGCCGCCGCCGAGGGGCUCAAAUCCAUCACCCUCAUCCCCGCCCUGGGGCUGAACGUGCACAGCCUGCUGAAGCACCAGACGCUGGUGCUGACCCUGGGCGCCGUCGCCUUCCUGGAGCAGCGGCUGCUGUGGCACGACUCCCGUUACUCGGCGCUGGUGCCCUUCUCCCUGCCCCACCGGGACCUCCCGUGGGCCUGAGCCCCCCGGGUGGGAUCUGUCACCCUUGGGUGGGAAUUGUCACCCUUGGGUGGGAUCUGUCACCCCCAGGUGGGAUCUGUCACCCUCGGGUGGGAUUUGUCCCCUCCAUGGGUGGGAUCUGUCACCCCUGGGUGGGAAUUGUCACCCUCGGGUGGGAAUUGUCACCCUCGGGUCAAAUUUGUCACCCCCGGGUGGGAUUUGUCCCCUCCAUGGGUGGGAUUUGUCACUCCUGGGUGGAAAUUGUCACCCUCGGGUGGGAUCUGUCACCCCCGGGUGGAAAUUGUCACCCCCAGGUGGGAUCUGUCACCCCCGGGUGGGAUCUGUCACCCCCGGGUGCGAAUUGUCACCCCCGGGUGGGAUCUGUCACCCUCGAGUGGGAUUUGUCACCCUCGAGUGGGAUUUGUCCCCUCCAUGGGUGGGAUUUGUCACUCCUGGGUGGAAAUUGUCACCCUCGGGUGGGAUCUGCCACCCCAGGGUGGGAUUUGCCCCCACCCGGGUGGGAUUUGUCCCCCCAAACUGGAUCCAGCCCCGGUCCCAUCGGGAAUUCAGGAAUUUCGUCAGGAAUUCAGGAAUUUCGUCAGGAAUUCAGGAAUUUCAGCGCUGCUGUGGCCAUUAAAGGGAUUUUUUCACCGA